AUGAUUAUCCACUGUUUUCUGAUCUCAUUGGUGUUGUUGCAAACGUCAUCUCAGGUACUAGAACUAAUACCAGGAAAGGUGCAUGGAUUCGACUAUCGUAUGAAAAAUGAUGACCUAGCUGAGAAACCCAAGCCAGUCACUCCAUGGAGAGACAUGGUCCGUGACAGCACAUCAUUUGGUUUUGCGUGUCACCAAAUACUACCAGAUGUUGGCUUCAAAAAAGUUCCGACAAGCGAAGAUUGCCUUACUCUGAACAUCAUUCGGCUGAAAAAGGAGCCUCCUUCAACGGGUUUUCCUGUAAUGUUUUGGAUUCAUGGCGGCGGAUAUCAGUUUGGUUCUGCACAUGGUUACGGGUACAAAGGCUUUGCUGACAUUUACAUCCCGAACUAUAUUAUUGUUGUGACAAUACAAUAUCGAUUAGGGGUAUACGGUAAAGGUCACACUGGUCUUGCACCUUAG